UAUAUACACCAACACAUGUGUACACACCCCACAACAACCACCUUCAUCGUCGUCCAGCCCUAGCUAGAACAGCACUCAUCUUAACCUGUAUAAACACACAACUCCAAGAACACACGCCAAGAAACCAAAGAAAAGCAAGCAGCCAUGGGGGUGGAAAUCCUGAGCUCCACGGUGGAGCACUCCUCCCAGUACUCUUCCAGCGCGUCCACGGCCACGACGGAGUCAGGCGCCGCCGGAAGAUCGCCGAUGGCUCUGAGCCUGCCAGUCGUCAUCGCCGACGAGUCCGUGACCUCGCGGUCGACAUCGGCACAGUUGGCGUCGUCGCGGUUCAAGGGCGUGGUGCCGCAGCCCAACGGGCGGUGGGGCGCCCAGAUCUACGAGCGCCACGCUCGCGUCUGGCUCGGCACGUUCCCGGACCAGGACUUGGCGGCGCGCGCCUACGACGUAGCCGCGCUCAGGUACCGCGGCCGCGAUGCCGCCACCAACUUCCCGUGCGCGGCCGCGGAGGCGGAGCUCGCCUUCCUGGCAGCGCACUCCAAGGCCGAGAUCGUCGACAUGCUCCGGAAGCACACCUACGCUGACGAGCUCCGCCAGGGUCUGAGACGCGGCCGCGGCAUGGGGGUCCGCGCGCAGCCGACGCCGUCGUGGGCGCGGGAGCCCCUCUUCGAGAAGGCCGUGACCCCAAGCGAUGUCGGCAAGCUCAAUCGGCUCGUGGUACCGAAGCAACACGCCGAGAAGCACUUCCCCCUGAAGCGCACCCCGGAGACGACGACCACCACCGGCAACGGCGUGCUGCUCAACUUUGAGGACGGUGAGGGGAAGGUGUGGAGGUUCCGGUACUCGUAUUGGAACAGCAGCCAGAGCUACGUGCUCACAAAGGGCUGGAGUCGCUUCGUCCGUGAGAAGGACCUCGCUGCCGGCGACUCCAUCAUGUUCUCGUGCUCCGCGUACGGGCAGGAGAAGCAGUUCUUCAUCGACUGCAAGAAGAACACGACCGUAGACGGCGGCAAAUCUGCGUCGCCGCUGCCGGUGGUGGAGACUGCCAAAGGAGAACAAAUACGCGUCGUCAGGCUGUUCGGUGUCGACAUCGCCGGAGUAAAGAGGGGGCGAGCGGCGACGGCGGAGCAAGGCCCGCCGGAGUUAUUCCAGAGGCAAUGCGUGACACACGGGUGGAUCUCCACUGUCUAUCAAUACCAAACUCAAUUGAUCCAGCGGCUGAUGUUUCUUCAAUUCGCGUUGUACGGGUACAUGCCAAAACACUGCCAAUCUGGAUCUUUCUAGACUUGUCACGGACGCGCUGCUCGCCUGCACCCUAGCGGUCUGCUGCAGUGGAGAAUUAAAUAUUCCAUCAACGAGUAUUUACAUGUCAAAACGCUCAAACCCAAACGUAGCAACAAGCCUUUACAACAGCUGCAGCCUGAUAGUCAAUUUUGAAAAUCCAACAGUUUAAUUAUAAGGCACCAGGUGCAUAGCAUGUACCUUCUACUAGUUAACUUAUAUGUAUCUAUCAAUUGAUGUUUAUCAUCUCCCCGCAAAAAUAAUAAUUGAUGUUCAUCAUCAUGAAUACAAUGAUGAAUAUACAUCAAUUCUUUUGUGCAGUGUUCACGAUACUAUUGUUUAAGAUCUUGCUAGCUUCAUUCAUAGUCUAUCAAUUUGUUGUUGAAAUUUCCCCACAAAAAAACUUGUUGUUGAAAUUAUUAUGUCGCAUCUAACUACUGCACUUUUUCAAGAUGAUUAGGAGAUUUACCAACCUACUUAUGAACAUGCUAUAUUCCAAGGAUCACUUAGGUUUAUGUUAGUUUCUAUUUUUGUUUGUGAGCUUUGAGUUAUCUAACAAUCCAACCAUAUAGUUUUUUUAACAGAUUUGUUUUAGUUGUGGACGGCAUAUAUACCACUACGGAAAAGUAUAUUGAUGACCACGUUAAAAUGAUAUAUGGGAGAUUUGCUUGAAGAGGAAAAGAUAUAAAACUAUCUUGGUUUGCAUGGAUAGAAAUAAGAAAGUGAUGUAUUAGAUUUGAAUUGCUUGCUGGUCUUGGAUAGUGUUAUAGUUGAGUUGAUUAGUGACUCGCAUAGCUAAAUUCUCCAUUUGUGAUCUCAUGUUUCAUAAUAGUAAUACAUAACCAGAAUCCAAGAGGUAUAUAUAUGCUUUAAAAGAUAUUAUGUGAACUAAUGAUUGUCUAUAAAUGAUCUUCAUACAAAUAGCAUUCUCUGGAAGAAACUAGAACAAAAUGGGCACUAUCCCUUUCUAGGAUGCAGAAGGAUUUUCAAGGAUGAACUAUAUAUAUUUGCUACUCCAUAAGCCAAGAGGACCUCUUAUGGUCAACUCAGUAGUUGGGUGAUCAGAUUCUUGUAACUAUUUAGCUUUAAGUAAACCAAUAAUCAUAUGCACUAUAUUCUGACCUAUAGUUUCACGUGAAAAAGGGGUAGUGUCCUAUCUAUAUCAGUUACUCCAAUGUACUUAUUUCUUAAGUCUCAGUGAAAUAUUAAAUUAAAGUGUUUCACAUCAAUAUAUGAAAGUUCUGUUUCUGAAUAAA